AUGGCCUCUUCAGAUAUUUGGUCUCGCCGAGACUCUUGGCCACCUACCCAGGUGCGCCUCGCUCUCUCGCCACCCAAGAAGAGCGAGCCUCGUCCUCUCCUCGAAGAUAUUGACGAGAACCCACUGACCUACUUCCUCACCCCUUCUGCGGAUGACAACGAAGACAUGGACGACUUUGGCGCCGACGAUAUGCUCUUUGACGCCGGCAUCGAGGACUCCAACAAUCCACCAGAAAUUGUCCGCUCCGUGAGCCCCUCGACGCUCGAUGGGCUCUCCAAGCUCCGGGCAAAAAGCGUCUCGCCUGACCUUGACUCCGAUGUCGUGACUACAGACGACGAGGGCGACGACGAGGAUUAUAUCCGCUUCUCGCCUCCUAGCUCUUCAUUCCUGACCCCAUUCAGGAGCAUAUCCGUGGACAGCUUCAAGCUCCGCUCCAAGAGCCCGCCACUUGGGCGCCCCAGCGGCUUUUUGUCCCCUACGGCAUCUUUCCCAGCUCCAUCUUCACCAACGCGCGGCAGACCUCGCCAGGCUCUCACCCGGAGCUUCUCGGCCGGAAGCAGACUGCCUCCUCGGGCACGAAGGCUCUGGCGUGAACCUAGCCCGGAUGUGUGGUCUAUUGAAGAGGAAACCGAGGAGGACUUGAUCAUGGACAUGUCGACUGCGACUCCCACUUCGGCCCAGAGUAAUCACGCAAAGCCCAAGAAAAAGGUUCGCUUCCUGCUCCCUGCACGGGAGUGA